AUGGAAAAGUUACUGUUACCAAAACCUACGCCGUUAUAUCUGAAAAAAGUCAAAGAAACCUCCAAAAAAAUUUUAAAAGUUCAACCAAAAUUAUUGGUUCUAGAUCUUAAUGGCACUCUAGUAUAUAAUAAAAGUAAACCAUCACUGUUAAGACCUUAUUUAUCUGAAUUUUUAAAAUAUAUAUUUUCAAAAAAUAAUGAAUUUUCAGUGAUGGUUUGGUCAUCUGCCGCGCCAAAUAAU